AUGAGCCAGUACAUUCAAGUGGCCGAAGACGAGAACGAAGAGCCGAUCGAGGUACCAACUGAAGACGAUGGAGCCUUGCUUCUAACCACUUUGGUCGCUCAAUUUCCAGGAGCUUGUGGCCUGAAAUAUCGCAAUCCUGAAACAUGUGGAAUGCGAGGCGUUCGUCUUACAGACGGCCGACUUCAUCCCCCAGAUGAAGGAUGGGGAAACCUUGUCUAUAUAUCGGUGUUUCCAAAAGUGAAAGUGUGUGAAGUGGAUCUAACGGAGGAGGGUUCAAUUUAUUUACAAUAUAAUAAGCGCAAGGGUGAUGAUGGACUGGAAAAUCCUACAGCUAAAACAAAGCGCCUGGAUAAGCAAAAAUGCAGUGACUUAAUUGUACUUGGUUUACCCUGGAAGAGCACAGAAGAAGACUUGAGAAAUUACUUUUCUCAAUUUGGAGAGUUAUUAAUGGUGCAGGUGAAGAAAGACCCCAAAAGUGGUCAGUCCAAAGGUUUUGGGUUUGUUCGUUUUGUUGAGUAUGAAGCACAGCUGAAGUGUUUGUCACAAAGACAUAUGAUUGAUGGUAGAUGGUGUGAUGUGAGAAUUCCAAAUUCUAAGGAUGGAGGUCAGCAAACUAUGAAUAGGAAGGUUUUUAUUGGCCGCUGUACUGAAGAUAUGACUGCUGAUGAUCUGCGCAGCUAUUUUGGAAAAUUUGGAGAGGUCAUUGAUGUUUUCAUUCCCAAGCCCUUUAGGGCCUUUGCAUUUGUAACAUUUUCAAACCCUGAGGUUGCUCAAAGUCUUUGUGGUGAAGAUCAUAUUGUUAAGGGUCAGGUGGCUGGGGCCAGCAGAGCAAACCAGGUGGUGGUUGGAACUGAAAGAUUUCUGUAUUGUGAAAUUGUUUUAAGUGUGGAGAGCUUCACAUCAUUUGGUCAAAGGAACUUGUUAGGCCUUCCAUUUCUUCCAUCAGCCCAGGAUGUGGUUCUUGAUAAAAAUUAUAUAUACAUCUAUCUAUCUAUCUAUCUAUCUAUCUAUCUAUCUAUCUGUGCGACGCCCCGAAAGUAA